UGGCCCGCCGGGGGGGCCGCCGCGCUGGCCCUGGCCCUGGCCCUCGCCCUCCUGGCGGUGGCCCUGGCCGGGGUCGGGGCCCGCGGCGCAGCCCUCGAGGACCCCGACUACUCCGUGCAGGAGAUCUGGAGCCGGGAGCCCUACCACGCGCGCCCGAACCCCGAGCCCGAGCCGGAGCCCUUCUCGCCGCCGCUGCCCGCGGGGGACGGGGAGGAGGAGCGGCAGCCGCGCCCGUCCCAGCACAGGCCGCCCAAGAAGGCGAGCAAGCCCAAGAAAGCGCCCAAGAAGAAGUUGGCUCCGGAGACCUCUCCCCCAGGUAAAAAUAGCAACAGAAAAGGCGUGAGAAGCAAGAGCUCUGAGAAGGCUGCCAGUGAUGAUCACAGCAUCCCCGUGGCCCGUGAUGAUGUCAGAGAGGGUUGCCCACCUCUUGGUCUGGAAACCUUAAAAAUCACAGACUUCCAGCUCCAUGCAUCCACUUCGAAGCGCUACGGCCUGGGGGCGCAUCGAGGGAGACUCAACAUCCAGGCGGGUAUUAAUGAAAACGACUUUUACGACGGGGCGUGGUGCGCGGGACGGAAUGACCUCCAUCAGUGGAUUGAAGUGGAUGCCAGACGUUUGACCAAAUUCACUGGUGUCAUCACUCAAGGAAGGAACUCACUCUGGCUGAGUGACUGGGUGACCUCCUAUAAGGUCAUGGUGAGCAAUGACAGCCACACAUGGGCCACUGUGAAGAAUGGAUCUGGGGACAUGAUAUUUGAAGGAAACAGUGAGAAGGAGAUCCCUGUUCUCAACGAGCUGCCCGUGCCCGUCGUGGCCCGCUACAUUCGCAUCAACCCGCAGUCCUGGUUCGAGAACGGAAGCAUCUGCAUGAGGAUGGAGAUCCUUGGCUGUCCUUUACCAGUGUUUCUGUCCCUAGAUCCAAAUAAUUACUAUCACCGACGGAACGAAAUGACCACGACCGAUGACCUGGAUUUUAAGCACCACAACUACAAGGAAAUGCGCCAGUUGAUGAAGGUUGUGAAUGAAAUGUGUCCCAAUAUCACUAGAAUUUACAACAUUGGCAAGAGCCACCAGGGCCUGAAGCUGUAUGCCGUGGAGAUCUCCGACCAUCCCGGGGAACACGAAGUCGGUGAGCCUGAGUUCCACUACAUCGCAGGGGCCCAUGGCAACGAGGUGCUGGGCCGGGAGCUGCUGCUGCUGCUGGUGCACUUCCUGUGCCAGGAGUACUUGGCCCGGAACCCGCGCAUCGUCUUUCUGGUGGAGGAGACCCGGAUUCACAUCCUCCCCUCCCUCAACCCCGACGGCUACGAGAAGGCCUACGAAGGGGGCUCAGAGCUGGGAGGCUGGUCCCUGGGACGCUGGACCCAUGAUGGGAUUGACAUCAACAACAACUUUCCUGACUUAAACACGCUGCUCUGGGAGGCCGAGGACCGACCGAACAGUCCACGGAAAGUUCCCAAUCACUAUAUUGCAAUCCCUGAGUGGUUUCUGUCUGAGAAUGCCACGGUGGCGGUGGAGACCAGGGCAGUCAUAGCCUGGAUGGAAAAAAUCCCCUUCGUGCUGGGCGGCAACCUGCAGGGAGGCGAGCUGGUGGUGGCAUACCCCUACGACAUGGUGAGGUCCCUGUGGAAGACACAGGAGCACACCCCCACGCCUGACGACCACGUGUUCCGCUGGCUGGCCUACUCCUACGCCUCCACGCACCGCCUCAUGACGGACGCCAGGAGGAGAGUGUGCCACACGGAAGACUUCCAGAAGGAGGACGGGACUGUCAAUGGGGCUUCCUGGCACACUGUGGCCGGAAGUCUCAAUGAUUUCAGCUACCUUCACACAAACUGCUUCGAGCUGUCCAUCUACGUGGGCUGUGAUAAAUAUCCGCACGAGAGCCAGCUGCCUGAGGAAUGGGAGAAUAAUCGGGAAUCCUUAAUCGUGUUCAUGGAGCAGGUUCAUCGUGGCAUCAAAGGUCUGGUGAGGGAUUUACAUGGAAAAGGAAUCCCAAACGCCGUGAUCUCCGUGGAAGGCGUUAACCACGACAUCCGAACAGCCAGCGAUGGGGAUUACUGGCGCCUCCUGAACCCCGGAGAGUAUGCGGUCACAGCCAAGGCGGAAGGUUUCACCUCGGCCACCAAGAACUGCAUGGUCGGCUACGACAUGGGGGCCACACGCUGCGACUUCACGCUCAGCAAAACCAACCUGGCCAGGAUCAGAGAGAUCAUGGAGAAGUUCGGGAAGCAGCCGGUCAGCCUGCCAGCCAGGCGACUGAAGCUGCGGGGCCGGAAGAGACGACAGCGCGGGUGACCCCUGCCCCCCAACGCUCGAGACACAUCCGGACCCCUGCAAAUUAAACCACGCUGGUCGUAGCUCCGUAGAGGACUCGCUCACUGUUGUUUUCUCUGUAAUUCGAGAAGGCCUAGGAGACGGUCUGUAUUGCAAGGCUGGUUCCAAGGGAAGGGCCCGAGGGCUUAGGAUAUUUUCUUUUCUUUGUUCCCGUUUAUCCAGAUAACUCGGACAGGGCAGCAGAGAAAGGCUGGUAGGAGUGAAGCUGAGAGUCUGAGAAACAG